AUGUCUAGCAGGAUUGAACUUCUUCUUUUGGCGGUGGAAAAGGAUGAUGUUGAGUGUCUUACUAGAAAUCUAACAAAACAAAAUGUUAACUUUGUUGAUACGGAAAGACGCAUGACCUUGCUUAUAUGGGCUGUCGCUUUUCGAAGGCAUUCUAUUGUUGAGCUGUUGCUUGGUCUUGGGGCAUCAAUGUAUCCCUGUGACAUUUUUCAAUUUAAUGUAUUUCAUCACGCAGCAUGGUGUUCUGAUGUAAAAAUGCUGGAAAUAUUACUUUACCUUCCAUCCAGUUCUGGAAGUGCUUAUGCAUGUUCAAGUGGCUCGGGCGUUUUGCGUUCAACAAGUCGGCAAUUCAGACCUGGGUCUAGGGCACUCGUCGAUCUCCCCCAUCCAUAUACUGGACGCACACCUCUAAUGCUUGCUGCCAUUCGAGGGGAUGCCAGCACGGUUGAUUUUUUGAUUAGGGAGGCUGGUUCCUCACUUACCUUGACGGAUUUUAGGGGAAACACGGCGAUGGAUCUUGCCGCUCGUUGUGGACAUAAAGCUGUUGUAAACAUUUUUUUGUCUAGAGGAGAUGAUAAUGCAGACCUUGUUUUUGAAGGAACUAGACGUCAAGCUGAAGCAAACUGUGAAGAAGCCACUACAGUACGGCAGUUGGAAGUUCAAAAAGACCUAAGUAUUCUCUUAUGUAGUGAGUGGCUUCCACAGUCCUUUGUGGCUCUUUCAUGA